AUGAAACAGUUAGACUUUCUGAGAAGAAUUGUAUCUGGGCAGAGGGAUCUGGAAAAGGAGUUUGUGCAGGCACUUCUCCGAAGCGAUGUGCAAAAGAGCAUUGGGCUUGGAAAGAUGCUUUUUUCCAGGAAUCCUAUGUUCCUCGUAACCUCCCUUCUCAUUGAUUUUCUAGGAAACCCAGGAGAUGAGAUUAAGAAGGAUCUCUUUCUAGAGUCUCUGAAGGAUGCUACUAUCAAGAGCAAUCUGAUCUGGAUGCUGUACAAAAGAGGGCUGCUAAUUGAAGAGAUGUAUCACUAUGUUCAAGGAAUUACUUUUAAAGACCAUUUGUACUAUCUUGUCCUCAAGGAGGCAUGCAUACAUGGGCAUCAUAAGCUUCUUGGGAAGAAGGAUGGCCUGGAAUGUGUAGAAUUUCUCCUUGACAGCCUGGAUGACUGGGAUCUAUACAAGUAUGCAUUGGACAACAAAAUAGAGGUACAGAAUAGAGAAAGUCUGAACUAUGAAUACUAUCUUCUUCAUAAGUUAAAGGAAAAGGGUAGGGCUGUUGAGCUUCUGAAGUCAAGAACAUGUUUCAGAGAGAUAGAGUUUAUCGCUGAGAUGGUUGGGCUGGAAAGCCAUCCGCAUGAAGCGAUUGACUGCACAAUUCAACUGAUGAGGAAAGGGUUUGAUGAGGGUCUCCUGAGGAGAGCUUAUGAAGUAUAUAGAAGAGAUAUGUCUGUAUUUAAUACAAAGGUGGUCAUUGCUAUUUUGAUAGCAUCACGAAAAGCCUCUUUUCUUGCUCUAGCGUUGUACCUGUCCUUCAGGCAUAGAAACAGCUAUCAAGGGAACUAUGAAAUAUUCCUAAUCUUUACAUUUCUCUGUAGGUACUUCUGGUUCUAUCCAUAUGUUCUGAAGUGCUUGGAGUGUAUGAAUGUUAAGAAUGCUCAGAUACCGAACCUGUCAUUCAUAUGGUCGGACAUACUCAUUACCAAAGGGAUAAAGGAUGAAAAGAGAAGGAUAGGGGCCAUCAUUAACUUCCAAGAGUCUAUAAACGACCUGGACAAUAGCAUCAAAUACUUUAUAAUUGUUGGGAAUCUUGCACACGUUGUCGAUGCCCUUGAGCUGAGAAAGUCAAUUGAGAAGUCUGUGAUACUCUCUGAGCUGAAGGAGAGUAGGAUAAUUGGAACAAAUGGCAGCAACAGCUUUCACCAGCUUCUAGGAACACGAUGUAGCUAUCUAUUUGAGAAAAUGACUGUUGGGAAGAUGCCCAAGGGAAGAGGGAUGUUUUUAACUGACUUCUAUGUCUCCGACUCUUGUACCCUGGAUGAGGUACUGAACAACGGGCUGUGCAAGGUUGAAGAAGACUUUGUGGCUUUCUUUAAGGAGAUGGUUAAAUAUCAAGAAUACAUGAAUAAACUUAAGUAA